CCCCGACCAGAAGAGAGUGAACCCAAUCUGACAGUUUUCCUCUCUCUUCUUUGGUUUCUGUUUCUUGUCGCUUUUCAGCUUCCUAUAACAUGAAGUUGUGAAUAAUUAUUGUUUAAAACGUUUCCACUGUUCGGAAAACCCGGACAUCUUCCAUCGGGUUCACGGCAGUUACUUCCCGGUGUUUAGCUUGUGUGGUUGGACCGGGGAGAGCCUGCAGAGAUGUCCGACAACGGUGGCUCGGCUGUCGGCCUCCUAUCCUAUGAGACGCUGGUUCAUGCUGUGGCAGGUGCAAUGGGGAGUGUGACAGCUAUGACCGUCUUCUUUCCUCUGGACACGGCCAAAAGCAGACUCCAGGUGGAUGAGAAGAGAAAGUCGAACUCAACUCCAGUCAUUCUGGCUGAGAUAGCAAAGGAAGAAGGCUUUCUGUCACUGUACAGAGGUUGGUUCCCAGUUAUCUCCAGCCUUUGCUGCUCCAAUUUUGUCUACUUCUACACGUUUAACUCGCUGAAGAAGCUGAUUGCAUCUGGUCCAGGCCAGUCCAGUCCUGGGAAAGACUUGCUCAUUGGAAUUGUGUCAGGAGUGGUGAAUGUGAUCCUGACCACUCCCAUGUGGGUGGUCAACACUCGACUGAAGAUGCAGGGGGUAAAGUUCAGAAACGAAGACCUCCACCAGACUCACUAUAGAGGCAUAUUUGAUGCUUUCUCACAGAUCAUAGCCAACGAGGGGGUGGGAACUCUGUGGAACGGCACUUUGCCCUCUCUCGUCCUCGUACUCAACCCUGCUGUGCAGUUCAUGAUUUAUGAGGCCAUGAAGAGGAAGGCAGGCAGAGGAGGGAGGAAGAUAUCCUCAGCAAAGAUUUUUCUCAUUGGCGCCAUUGCCAAGGCCAUCGCUACCACUGCCACGUAUCCUCUGCAAACAGUUCAGGCCAUACUGAGGUUUGGCCAGUAUAAAAGUGACGCCAAGGGUGGUGGUGUGAUGGGGAGCCUUUCUAACAUUUUGUUCCUGCUCAUGGACCGGAUCAAGAAGCACGGCGCCCUCGGUUUGUACAAAGGCCUGGAGGCCAAGCUGCUACAGACGGUACUGACGGCUGCCCUCAUGUUUGUUGUGUAUGAGAAGAUCGCUGCAGUGACCUUCAGAAUCAUGGGCAUGAACAAGAAACUGAAGCACUGAA